UCAACCUGGCACUAUUCUUUUACUAUCAAAAUGUCUGAAAAAAAAAAUUUCUUUUUUAUCUGAGGACUGGUCAUUACGUUUCUCUAGUUUUAAUUGGAGCGCAAGCCAAUGGCGAUCUCGCUGUAAAGCAACUGGGGACGAAGACAUAAUGAAACCCACAAAGUAUUGCAAACCAAAGAACAUUCGAUACGUGUGUGUGGCUCAAAACAGAGCGAGUGUCAUGUUAUUGUGGAUCUCGGUGAUAACGGCGGACUUCGUUCCUCCUUACGAUCAGUGGUUUCAUGUCAACAAAUGUUUUCCACCAUCACAACAAGACAACAUUCCUCAGUGGUCGAUGCUAAAUAUAGAGCAAGGAUAUAAUGACAACUCCGAGUGGCUGCUUGUGCAUGAUUCCUGUUUCAGGAGAGCGUACAAUGAUUCCUAUUUUGGAGGUGAAAACUUAAUUGACUAUCCAAACGGCUUCCGUGUAUUGUAUGCAAGUCUUCAAGGCCUCAACUGGACCAGGGUCAUUAUAGUAUAUGAAGCCCGCUUCGAUCCUUACAUUGAUGCCAUCUCAUCGUCUAGACAAAUAUUAGUAACACUUUUUCGUAUUGGAGACAAAGGUCUGAACACAACUUCUUCGCAUCAAGGGGAAGAGCCUAAUGUACCAACUUGGAGAUCAAGUCUAACUAUAGGUCUAAUCGUAGACAGUCUAUACCAGCUAGUGAAACAAGAGUCCAAGCUGAACAUUUUAGUCAUUUGUUCUGAUGAAUGUCUUGGACAUGUUCUCAUGGAGGCGAAUAAAGAAGAUCAAGCUCAAGAGGCGAGUAAAGAACUUCAGAUGAGAUCUCGCUGGCUUCUCUUUAUGACUUCAAGCAAUGACAUAGAAAGAGUGACUUCUGUUGUACUCAACGUGACCCGUGUAGAUAGUGUAGCUCUAUUACAAUCACUCAAUGACAACUUGACAUAUUUUUACAGUCUUCCUGAAAGUGCAAUGGCCAAAAUAACAUCUCUUUACUACGGCAAUGGAAGCCGCUAUCUCGCUGAUGUCGCUAUAGUGACGUCACACUUGGAUAUUGUUCAGCUAGGGGAGGACACCGUGUUUCCAAAUGUCAAAUUUCACCUCAACCAAAGGCUGCUUAAAGUUGUUAUUGCAGAGUGGCCUCCCUUUAUAAUAAAAGACAAAACAGGCAGCUAUAGUGGAUUUUGUAUGGACAUUCUGCGUUACCUUGAGACUCGCUUAAAUUUCACGUCUAUUUUGGUAGAUUCUACAAGUCAAGGAUGGGGGCGUGAAGUGAAUGGUUCAUUCAGUGGUAUGAUUGGACAACUCCAACAAAAGCAAGUGGACAUCAUGAUGGCACCCGUUACCAUAGACGCAGAAAGAGCGCACGUCAUGGAUUUUACUUUUCCCUUUUUCAUUGACUACACGACAGUGGUUCUCAAAAAGGCAGAUCCUUACGAUACGAAAUGGUUAACACUUAUAGAACCUUUCACUUGGCAGGUGCAUGUAACGAUUUUUAUUUCAUUGUUGUGCUUCACUGCCUUAGUUACACUGCUGGAGAGACUCAACCCAUACUAUAAAUACAGACAAUGCCCAAGUCCUUUUCGUGGCUAUAUUGAUUGCCUUUGGUAUACUUAUGGUGCUUUAAUCAAUCAAGGUGGUGAGUAUUUGCCUAAAUCUCUGACUGCAAGAACACUUCUGAGUUGCUGGUGGCUAUUCACAUUAGUGAUUUCCUCCACCUACAGUGGCAAUCUCUUUGCUUUUCUGACAGUCUCCAAGGAAACUCCUCCGUUUGAUACCCUCCGGGCCAUGUUGGAGCACAAGGAUUUCAAAUGGGGCUUAGUUGGUGAAACUAUACUGGAAAGGUUGUUCAUGAAUUCAAAUGAUUCCAUCCAGCGAGCUGUUUGGGAAAAAGUACAACAAUUUAAUCAGUCAGACUCAACAGUUCUAUCAUUAGACAUGAAUGACCACCUGUCUAAAGUCCAACGAGGUCACUAUGCUUACAUUAGUGAUAAAUCUGUUGCAGACUUCUUGGUGGACAAGCAAUGUAAUCUGGUCAAAAUCAAAGAAAAUUUUUUCCGUGUGCAGUAUGCUAUUGGUCUGGUCAACCAAUCAGCUUACACUCAGCUAUUUUCUGCUGAAAUUCUUCUACUGUCAGAAUUUGGUCUGUUAAAUAUAUGGAUCAAGAAAUGGUGGCCAGAACAAAGUGUCUGCAAAGGUCAAAUUGUAACAGAAGCGGCAGCUAUCUCCAUAUUGGAUAUUCAAAGUGUUUUUUAUUUAUUAUUGGUUGGAAUCUGUAUAUCCGGUUGUGUCUUGUGUUUUGAGCACUGGAUGACAUUACACUGUAACUCUAUUGCUGAAAUUUUAUUUGUCAAUGAUAAUCAAAACAAAGCAACAUGAACAUCAAUGAAAAAUCCCUCUCAUUGCCUAUAUCAUUUCCAAUCGUAUACUUCAUUCAUGAACAUUUUUAAUUUCUUAAAAAAAUAUUUUCACUGUACUACUUUUGAUGAGGCAGUCAGACCAAAGAACUAAAUAUGCUGUUGACAAUAUAAAAGAAUUUUUAGUUUUUUUUGGAAAAGAAAAUGAUUGUACCCUUGAUGAGCCUCAAGCAAGAUGUCCGCAGUGUUUAGCCGGUUCUUUAAAAUAAGGUGGCAAGAUAAAAUAACCAAUAAGGAAGAGCUACAAAGAGCAGGGUGCUAGGACAUCUGCUGUGUUAUCAGCAGCAGAUGCCUGGGCUGGCUUGGCCAUGGCCAUAUUCAUAGAAUGCCAGAAGGUCAACUUCCACAAGUCAUUCUGAAUGGUGAUCUAGCAGAAGGAAGGAGAGCUGCUGGGAAAAAGUGGCAAUGGAUAGAUCCACAUGGAGAGCGAGCAUAAAAGAAGGAUCCCGGAUUGCAGAUGCCACACAUAACAGUAAUAGAAAGAAGGGUGAAAAUGCAACAGCGCCUGGUGAUUACAUAUGCCCAACCAGUGACCGCAGCUGUGUAUCAAGGAUUGGCCUCUUUAGUCACACAAGAAGUUGCAAAGGAAAAAUAUUAUCUUUCAAGACAUAAAAUGCCACAGAUGUUGUAGUUAUUAUCUAUAGUUAUUGUUUCAUAGUCAACACCAUCAGAAAGUUACACAGAAUAUUUAAAUUUAGUCAAUAGUUUGGCUGCUUGAUCAUGUGAUAUGCACUUUGGACUGUCAUCUUGAUGGUCCUGACCUCAAACAAUGCUCCCCUGAUGCUCUGACAGAAUUUUCAAUUCUGAAGGAACAUCCGAAAGAUGGAAAACAAAUGAACAAGUUUGUUUAACAUGAGAUAUGAUUACUAGAAUUUUUUAAAUAACUUGCUAACAGUGAUAAAAGCACAUUUUUGUAAACAUGUAUUCUAUUUAGGGUUAAUAAAUUUAAUAAUAGGAAGAAAGAAAUAAAAUUUCUGUUGAUCCAAAAAAAAAAAAAGCUAACUUAUUGCCAGUAAAGCAAACAUUGCAAGUCAAUCAGUGUUCUUUUCCUAGAACAACUUUAUGGGAGACAAGAAAGUAGGUCAUAAAGAAUUAACAACAACUGCACAUCACAGAGAAAUUAUUGACACAGAUUUUUACAGAACUUAAAUAAUAACUAUAAAAAGAAUGAUCAAUGCAUAGAAAAUUGUGCAAUAUAAAAUCAAGUAGACUCAAAAUAGUUAUUUUACAAAAAAAUUUAAUAAUAAAUGUUUUUAAAACAAAACAAAUAGAAUGUUGAAAAAUACAUUCAAUAUCACCUGACACACAACACGCAGCUCUGCAUUCAAGACAUUUCCUUUCACAACAGUGAGAUUCAUCCAUUUUAAAAAAGACCUGCAAGGAAAACAAAAUAGUUUCAUAGGUUGUACCUGCAACUAUUAAUAAUAACACACAGAAAAUUAAAAAUGUUGGCAAGUUAUCUAAACAAUUUCCAAUAUUUAUUCUUGAUUAUUUUCAUGAAACUUUGAAUUUUGUUCAUGACUUAGGUUCAGAUAUGUUAUCAAAACAUAACCUAGAAAUCUACACUUGAUAAUAGUGGCAGGAAACCAACUGUUCCAUACUAGGACACAUAUUUAAAUGAGGACUAAAUGUACACUUUAAGAUUAUUGACAUAUAUCUGUUUAAAAAUGAAAUUUUGAAAAGAAAUAUCAACACACAUUGUACUGUAUACCUUUAUCAACUUACCCAAGAAAUCAUCCAUCAAUGUUCCUAUAGCAAACUGUGGGAAUAUAAAUCAAAAUAACAAAAUUAAACUAUUUCUGUCAGGAUUUGAUCCAGCUUCAUAACUUAACUAUAGUGAAAACAAGAAAAAUACUACAAAAUACUUUUUUUAAAACAAAGAUCUAGAUCUUGAGAGAUCUAAAUCAGAAGUCUAGGUCUACUAUAAGAUCUAGAUGUCCAUACAUCAAUAAAUAAUCACUAAAAGAACAAAGUCCUGGUGGCUCAAUUGUUAAAUGCACAAUUUCACACAUUUGACAAUGUCAAAAUCAUGGGUUUAAUACCCAGUUUGAACAAUUUUUUUUGUUAUUAUUUUUUUUUUAAUUUGAUUUAAGUUGUAUAUCGGAAGUAUUGUCUUUUUUAAAAAAAUGUAUUUUUAAAAUGUUUUUCUAGCUAAUAAUAAUAAUCUUUUUUAUCCUUGACAAACAUUACACAUAACAAUAAAUUAUGAGCCCACAAAAUAUAUAAUGUUCCUGAAAAACUCAUGUUUUGAGGAUGAACAAUUUUUUUUUUUAAAUUCAACACUUGAAGAAUGCAAAACUUUCUACAUAUUUGCCUAUAGCAGACCUGCCUACCAAAAAAAGUCCAAAUGCGUAACGCUGAUGGUCAAAAUGCGUAUUUUGGCACCAGAAUGCGUAACACGCGAUACACUAUUUUGUCAUAUAUAUAUAUAUAUUAUAUAUAUAUAUAUAAUAUUAGAUCUAGAUGUCAUGAUUAGAUCUACAUCUAAAUCUAGAUCAAUACGACAAUAGAGAUGAUAUCUAGACUAGAUCUGGAUCUAUGUCUAUAUAAUGAAUAUAAUCUACUCUCUAGAUCUGGGCUCGGGCUCAAGAGUGUAUGUGGAUCCGCUACAAACGUAGGUCUACUCCAAACUUUCGUAGGCCUACCUUCAUCCUCGAUCUAUUCUAUACUAAGAAUCUAGUCAAGAUCUAGACUAGAUGGUAGUAGAUCAUAGAUGUUAUCGAUCUAGAUCUAGUCAAUCUAAAUCAUACUACAACUAAAUUGUAUAUAGAGUCCAGAUUGUAGAGUAAUGUAGAGAAUCAUGACAUAACGUAAUGACUAGCUAGACUCUAGCUAGAUCUAUUCCUGUAUAACAAGUUAUCUAGAUCUAGAAUCCAGAUCUAGAUCUUGACUAGAUAUCUAGGCCUACAAUGUCACUCAAUGUGUUUUGAAUCGAUAGCACUUCGAUAUUUUUGAAUACGGGACUCAGGGAUUCAACAAAAUUAAUUUCUACUAAUGAACUUACAAAAAAAAAAAAAAAAGUCACGUUGGUGUAUCAGCUAACUGACAGUACCAACCUGGUACCAACCCGCCACUCCAUCACUCUCGCAUUCUUCAUUUCUAGACUAAAUCUAAUUGCUUUUAAGAACCAAUCAACGUAUAGAUCUGAACACAAUGUGUUCCCCCCACCCCCAAACAGGACGGCUUAGCGUGACCUCAGUGACCGCUCGUAAGCUAGUCAAGGAGGGGGAAAAAAAAGGAUACGAAAUUCGUAAUGCGACGGGUUAAAUGCGUAUUUGCGUACUGACGGUCAUUUUUUGGGAGAUUUUGCGUAACGAAUACGCAUUUUGCGUAACGGUAGGCAGGUCUGCUAUAGCCAUAGUCUUAGUCUUAGUCUUAGAUUCAUGACCUCUAUCCAGGUAAAUGUGAAAAUAAACUACGUAACUGUUGAAAACAAAAAAUCAGUUUUGGGUCUCUACUUGUUAAUAAAUGAAACCAAUAACUCUAGCUCAGAAACAGAAAUAUAUUAAGAAGAGAUUAAAACUUACAAUGUCUUUAGCAUCCACUCUUGUUCCCACAAUCUUUAAUCUGAUUUCAUCCUCUUCUUGAAUAACAACAUCCUAAGUGAACAUCAAACAAGAAGUUAAAAUAACAACAUCCUAAGGGAGCAUCAUACAAGAAGUUAAAAUAACAACAUCCUAAGUGAACAUCAAACAAGAAGUUAAAAUAACAACAUCCUAAGUGAUCA